UCAAUAUUUUAUAUAAUGUCAAUUAAAUGUCAAAUAGGGUGCGCCUACGGGUCAGUUCUGAGGUAUUAUACAGAGGGGGGUGUACAGCAGCUGACUGACCACCAAACAGGGAGGAGCUGUGUAACCUUGUUUCGGACUUGUAAUUCUUUCGCUGAUGGCAGCGUAUUAACAUCCAUUUCAUCCUCGACCACGCCACAACAAGUGCGAGCGGAAAACGUAGACCACACGUCAACUUGGGACAUCUUUGCCUACAGAAACGAGACGAAUCAUUGUUCACUACAAUGUCAAGCUGGAGGAAUCACGUGCGCACAAGUCUGCAACAGAGAGACAAAUUUCGGACUUCUUGUCUGUUUUCUUUCAGUGUCUCAGCUGGAAGAGCGUUACGAAAUUCGCAAACAAAUUUUGGACGAUGUUAUCUGCAAGAGUUUAGGACGGGGUGGAGUUGACGUGGGAAAAGACUCCCGACUACUUCAGCUUCAACUUAGGGAGAGUGAACACAUGCAAGAGAAGCUGUCCCAGACUGUCUCAGACCUAACCACCGUCUUGUAUCUGAAAGAAGCUGAACUGCAGUACAGGCAGGCACGUGUGUCUCUAUAUCGCCAAGAGGCUCUUACUCUGGCUAGAAGAAGUAACACCCAAAGAGCGAGUCUUUCAGAAUUACAGCACACCAUAGAGUGUCAGUCCAAAGAGCUGGUAGAUCUACAGACAGAGGUGAGGGGUCUUAAAAGAGCGCUGGCACAGGCUCGGAGGGAGAAAGAAGAACUCUUACAACGAUGGAUGGAGGAGAAGAGGGUUGAGGCAGAUAGACUGAAUAAGUACAAUGACACACAGGAAAGGUGGCAACGUUUGGCGAAACAGCUGAAGAAACAACUCCGUAUUGAAAUUGGAAAAGAGUACGUGGUGACCAACACUUGGAGUGGUCAAACAGAAAUGCUUCCUACAGCCAUUAACUGGAUCAACAGUACAGCAGAUAUUCGGCAAGUGCACUCAGACAGCGACCAUGUCUCAACUGUGACUCAGGUCUAAGUGUUCCCAUGGGAUUCUGGAUACGUGAGCUAUUAGCGCAAGGAUUACCUCUUUGUCCAUUUCCUCUGUGCUUGUAGAUGAAGAACUAAUUGCUCAUAUGAGGCGCAAGAGUGAUGACCAAGUAGCAAACCUGAUAACUUGAAGUGUUAUGACAAAUGUUGUUUAACUGUACCUUAUUUUUUAUAUAUUUGCCAAAAAAUAAUAGUUUGAAGACCCAACAUAUUCCCUCUACAUUCUGUUCAAUAUACUUUUUUGCCAGGGUGCUUUAAUUUACACUCACUGCUUUAGUUUCAGGCAGGCUUUUCUCAAGUACAGUCAGUAACACUACAGCUUAAUUCUGGACUUUGUCCUCAGCAACUCCCCUUACAAAAGGAUUUUUUUUAUAACUGCUCAAAAUGCAGUUCAAGGUGCUAAACUACUGAAACUAUCUCUGCCCACUCAUUUCUCAUCCUUUUCAUUGCAUGAGUUGGUGGUGCUGUACAGUCAGAUUUACAAUAAUGUCUUUGUUACUGUUUCAACUUUAACUUUUUAUUCGCAAAGAAAAAAUGUUAAAUCUUUUUUAUGCUGUAGAUCAGAAAUUAUGUUAGAAGCAGUGAUUUUAAAAUGUUUAAAUCAGCUUUGAUAAUUAAUAUAUCUUCUAAAAAUGACAAGAACAAACUAUACCAGAUUAAUAUGUUAAUGUGUAGCAGUAGUGUGAUUGUCUUUUCUAUGUGUAUAAGAUUUAUGUGAAAAUAAAGUCACUUAAAAGCUAA